AUGGAUUCCAAUAAGCCAAAAGCACCUCCUCUUCCACCACGGCCAACGUCAUCAACAGACCAAAAUGUCGAAAAAUACACUCGAGGAAUCAGUCAGACAAUCUCAUCAUCCAUUCAUGAACUCGAUGUACAUGUAGUACGAGUACGAUCGGGACAAGCUGAGCUGGCUGAAGAAGUCAAUGGAGUCUUUUCAGAUCUGCACAAAAGCAUAGUCGAAACAGAGACUCCACAGAUUGACCAAGCUUUAUCACGACUCGCCAUAGUCAGGAAGAGACUGGUGGCAGUCAAUUCUUCAUUAUCUGGCUCUCACAACAGGCUAGAAAAGUCUAUUACGUUGUUGUCGAAUCGCCAAACCGUAAGAUGA